AAGUCUUGUGCAUGUAUACUUACUUUAUGAUACAAACAUAUUCUGUCACAGCCACUCGGUCUAUUAAUGAUCACUCCAGCCUGAAUUAAACUGCUAAAGUAUGCUGUCUUAAGCCCUCCGCAAAGAUCUUACAUGAGAUUUUGGCGACGAGGUUGGCAUGGCCUGCUCAUCCUAGCUCAUGGAAUACCAAGACCUCUAAUACUAAAUACGAUGUCGCAUUACAAGUAAUCCCUUGAGUUGCGCUUUAAUUCUCCGGCUCCUUAAUUUGUCCAUCUGAAGCUUAGGAAGAUCCAAAGCAAAUUUACACCGGCUGCUCCUAGAAUACAACUCGAUCGAGGGCGAUCAAAUCAGGACCACGAUGGAGCAGAAGGUGUAUGUUCACAAUGGAUAAAUGGUGCCAUAUCUAUGAUCAGCGCUUGCCAUCUUCAUUUGCUCCAAAGGUGGAGCACUUGGUGGACCAAGAAAUCCUCCUUGAGGAUUUAUGUGGGCAGAUAUGGCCUGUGACUCUAUCAUAUGUUGACAAUGCAUUAUCAUUCGCAUUGGGAUGGGAAAUAUUUUAUAGGGACCAUGCUCUUGAGGGGGGAUGUUCCUUGAUAUUUAACUAUGUAGGAGAGAGGCACAUGUCUGUUCAAAUAUAUGAUCCAAGUGGUUGCGAAAGAACUUGCUUCACCUAUCCAGUGCGACAACUGAACAAUCAGAACUGCUAUAAUGUUGGGGUUGAGGAGAUUUCUGAAAUGGGAUCAGCUCCUCGAACUGCAGCCAUGGGGAUGCCUCAAAGAAAGGGAGUCUCUAUUUCCGAUAUCCAUAAUGGGUUUGGGAAGCCGAUGGGAGGUAUUGCCAAGGAGAAAAUGGGUGCCUCCGGGCAAGUAAUCCUAACGAAGGUAGAACUUGUGCAUGUAAAACAAGAAAUUUGUUUGGAAGAGGAAAUGGAUGCAACCCCAUCUGCAAAUGCUAGCCACUCAUCAAAGGACCCUAUUAGCCCACCGCCCGUAUAGUGUUUGCUUUCUUUAUUUCACUAUUAAUUACAUCCAAUCUUUUGAAACAUUCUAAAUUCUUGCAUUUGUAACGCAAUAGAGUUGAC